AUGAAAAGGACAAAACUGUUCAAGUCUUUUUGUAUUUAUCUAGUAAUUAUAAGUUCACUGUUUUGCAAUUGUGGGAAGGUGCGGAAAAACAAGAAAGUGCGAAACCUGUUAAAAUCUCUGAUCGAGAAGGUAGAGACCGAUGAAGGAGAAAAUGAAUAUGCUCGAUUGACCCAAUCACCAAUUAUACACUUGAAUUUAUCUAAAGUGAAGUUCAAAACAACAUUACAAAAUAUACUAGUGGAGCCGUAUUCAGAAAUGGUUAAAGAUUUCAUAUCGAAAAGUAAUUACGAAAUUCGGAAUGAAAAGUCAUUAUUAGAUGAAAUAAAAAAUGCUAAUCAAAACAUAAAUAGAAUUAGAAAUAUCAUUUCCGCACGAGACAUUAAAAAGAGUAAACAUCAAGACAAUAACAUUAUGAGAAGUAGAUAUUUCCAUUACUUAAACGAUGAAGAUUUAGGUUUAAGUUUUUUUCCUGUAUACAAAACUUUUAAAUCGAAUUCUUCACAUUUUGAUGACAAUUUGAAAAAUUCUUUAUAUCCCCAUGAAUUGUUGGAAAAGGGUUCCUUAUCCAGAGAAAAUUUUUUAAAAAAUUUCUCAAAUGGAAUUUCCUUCCCAGAACGGUUGGCAGUGGAUGUAAUGUAA